CACAUUGUUUUCAUCGGUGCGGUGUGGUUGCUACCCGCCAUUUUGUGAGAGUCAUGGACGUCCGUGUUGCCCCGUUGCAUUCAUUCAGUAAACAUGAGCAAUUAUUAUGCAGGUACAUUAUGACUGUCUGACAGAUUUGCAGUGGAUUCAUCUGGUGAUUGGAGAAGAUCAAGAUGACCCUGUUACUUCAGAUCCGCCCAUCAUCUUGGGUGGCUCGGACUGGUAUCUUCCACCCUACCUCAAAGAACCCACUACUAUUUAGCCAAUGCUCACUUAUCAGCAUGCAGCCGAGCAGUCAUGUGACACGGUCAGCAGCUGUGAUGGGUCAAAGAGUGCAAAGGACAAAGACAACAGAACAAUGGUUUUGCAUGGUCAAAAGGUGUAUGGCAACAGAGCAGCAACAGAUGCCCCGGAAAGCGGCAAAACAGGUUGCCAAGAGAGCACCGGGUACCGGGCAAGGAGAAGUGGCCCUUGGCAAGAAAGUUGUCCAGGCUGGAAAGGACGUGAGCUAUUUGGGUAUUGUCAUUGUUGGCAUUGGUGUAACAGGCAUCAUGUUCUAUGCAAUUGGCCGUGAGCUGUUUGCAUCCAGCAGCCCCAAUGCUGUCUACACUAGAGCCUACAAACUAUGCAAGAAAGACGCAGAGAUAAUUGAAGAGCUUGGUGAGCCAAUCAAAGGCUUUGGAGAAACAACAAGGAGGGGUAGGCGGCGGCAUGUGAGUCAUUUUGAGUACGAGCAGGAUGGAGUGAAGCACAUGCGGAUGAAGUUUUACAUCCAGGGUCCAAAGAGGAAAGCCACCGUGCACCUGGAAGUCAAAGAGGGGGAGACAGGCAAGUAUGACUAUCGCUACUUGUUUGUUGAGCUGGACGGCUAUCCUCACAGGACCGUCAUACUGGCGGACAACAGAUGAUUCUAUUUUUUAUGUGCAUGAAACGUUGAGGACUUGUGCAGCCAACUCAGUGGCCGCGUCAAAUUGACUGGCUGCAGCUGUAACAUGAACACACCUAUGGGAAGUGGCUGUAGCCACUUGAUAGCGGCUACCAUAGCCACGUGUAUAUCCAGCUGCAGUGUUCCCCAUCAAGAAUCAUGUGCGAAUGCCAUUGACUGACAUGCUUCCAAAUCGAUGGAAAUGUAUUUAUAGUCGGCACCAUCCCUGGAGUUUGAUUUGGGAAAUUUUCUUGUCUCUUCCCGUAGAGGAAAUGAACUGGACUGCUGAGUGAUUUUUACAUAUCCAAAUAAUUUGGGCCUGGACUGAGGGCAUACCCUAUGCCCAUCUUGUAGAUAUUCUGCUUUAAUCCUCCUCUGUGGCUGAUAUUACCCAAGUAUGAAAAUUGGAGAGCUGUCGAAUGACUUAAGUAAGACAGUGCGACAGAUGCAGGACACAAAACGAAUGGACAAUUUUGAGAAAACCAACAGCAGGCCCUGAACAUAAACUCAUGUAGUGUUUGAAGAUCACUUAGUUGAUUGUACUUAAUUCAUUAGCAGGCUGUGACUUCCAUAUUCUUUAGCCUAAGCUUACAAGAUUUAAGUGCCAAGUUACUCCCUGAGUUUGAAUGGAUUGGAUUAUUUAACAGGUUGCAUAUACACACUGAAAGUCUGAAACAGAAUACAGAACUACAUCGGGUUGUUUUUUUCACAACACAAAAGUAGAGAGCUUUUAUUACACAUUACAUGUACAAUAUAUAAACAAUUUUUGGUUUGUACAUUUCACAUUGUCAUUAUAAAAUCUCAUUUUUUUGUUAACUUCAAGAAUAAAUUCUGGUCAACGUAAGUACAUGUACAUAAUUACAAAUGAGCAGUUCUUGGUGUUAAAAUGUAUGAACAUGAAUAGAAAAAAAUAUGCACAGCUAAACACACUUUAACACACCCUCGGAAUUCCAAGAGUAAUGCUCAUUGGAAGCGUAUAAUUUCUCCCAGUUUUUGUAAGUACUUUUUCUCAAUUUACAAAAUCCAAACAUACUUAAAUUGAGCCAAUCGCAGUUAUCCCUCAGUUUUAAGUAAUUUCAGUACAGUAGUUACUAAGGGAGUACCAAUUCAAUCAACAGUGAAUAUUUGGAACUGAACGGCAAGUUUCUUUGGUAGUGACACAAUCUGCUUUAGCCAAUAUUCCACCAGCAAGCAAAGCCCCAACUAGGAACCAGAUUAACUUCACGUUGUUUCUGCCUUCCUUUUGAUAACACUGGAAUGGACUACUGAAUGGUUGAACCUUAUCAUGAUUCAGCCACUGAAAUUGAAAGUGACAUUAACUUCAUUCAUUUUGGAACUUGACAGCAUCAGUAAAAGAAUAAAGUGAAAUUUCCAAUCAAAUU